CAGAAGCACGGACUUCCCUUUCCUAUUCUCACGCGCACCUGCCAGUCGCCCCGUAGGAUGGCGAACUUUUUGUCAGCGCCGUAUUUUCAUUAUUUCUUUGUUUUAUGGCUUCUCGCAAGUGUUAUCUCAGUGGACCCGAGGACGCUUUUGCCGAGGAUGACGUUCACACAGGAAGAGCUCACGCUUAAAAGCGCGACGUUACCCGGCGAAAUCCGCACAGUUCUUCUUUCGAGACAAGAUCACAGCACGCUCGUGGCUGUCGGAAAAAGACAUCUGAUUUCUGUCAGCUUCCAGGAUCCUCCGAAGACUCCCGUGGAAAGAAAGUUGCUGUGGGCCGAGUGCACAGACACUGCAACUUCGCUAAGCGGUUGCAGCUACGAAGUGGUCUUGGCCCACGAAAGGGAAGAUGCCAGCAGGGUGUUUCUUUGCGGGACGGACGGAGCAGUGACACUGUGCUGUGACACGAAGCCGUCAGAGGUUCCUCCCACCUGCACCCCAGCUGACGACCUGGAGAGCAUACGAGGGAGCAUCAGGAGUUUUAUCUUAAAGGAUGCUGAACAUUCUGUUCUUGUUGAAUCUGCAGAAGGUUCCUCGCUGUAUGUCACGUACUCCGGCUCCCAGGAGUAUGUGGGCGUUCACCAGUUUGGGAAGAACAGAGUGGGACCAGCAAACCACGACAAAGAACAGCACUACCUGGGUUUGGUGCUGAGCAAACACAGGGACGAGCCUUUGCAGGACAAAGUGUACGCCUUCUACAAGGAGAGGAAUAAAGAUUUGAAUGUGUUCAGCAGCACAUGGCUUCCAUAUGUCUCCCAGUUUUGCUUGGUGGACAUGGGUGGACCCAAGAACAAUAUGCAGUUCACCUGGACCUCCCAGAUGAGUGCGAGGCUACUCUGUGGCGACCCAGAGAGCAAAAAAAACUUCUUUGAGAUGGUGGACAUUGACACCGUGCACGCAGAGCGAUGGCAGGACACCCGCAUUUAUGCACUCUUCAAGAAUGAAUGGAACAUGAGCGCCGUGUGCGUGUACUCCAUGCAGGAUAUCCACGACGUCUUCAGCAACUCUCCGUUCAAAGGCUCCGAAAAUCAACAGGGCCGGCCCAGGGGGUGCGUUUCAGACAGCACACAUCUACCUCUGGCCGUCCUGAGGAUGACCCAGAUAAACUCUGAGAUGGAGGAGUGGGUGAGGCCUGUGACGAAGUCAGGCCCACUUCUCAUCAGCCACCACGUGUACACCCACAUUCACGCGGAUGCUGCUUUCACAAAGGAACACACACUUCUCUUUUUGUCUCGAAAUUCUGGAGGAGUAGACAAAGUGGUGCAAAACACAAGCAUCGCCUUCAUUGUCGCAGAAUACAGACCUUUUACCCACAGAGCUCAUAUUGACAGCAUCAUGCUUCAUCCUACCACUAAGAAUCUUUACGUCAGCUCGAGCGGUCAGCUAAUCCAGAUGGAUGUGGCCGACUGUACCCACUAUGGAAACACAUGCGAGGACUGUGUGUUGGCGCGAGACCCUUACUGCAGCUGGGAUGACACCCGCUGCACUGCCACAACCACCACCAGUGGUCUAGUGGUUCAGGAUGUGAACUCGGGAAAUUACCACUUGUGCUCAUCCUUGCCUCAUCAUUCAAGCAAAGUGGUCGAUCGCUCAAGCGUGCCCGAGGUGGCAGUGGCACUUCCUCUCGGGUCCCAGUACUUCCUGAGAUGCCCCUUGGUGUCCCGCCACGCCCGCUACAGCUGGCGUCACGGGGGCAGCGGAGCCACGCCCUGCGUCUGGAGCCCGCACGGGUGCUUGCUCUUGAUUGACAGCAACCAGGAGGGGGAGUACACAUGCGAGUCAGAGGAGAGAGGCUACAGCCGCGUGCUCUCCCGCUAUGCCGUACGCGUCGCUGGCGGUGCUACGUCAGCGGGACGCUCUGCCGGGCUGCUAUUUUGGCUCUGUGCGCUCGCUGCUCUCAGCUGCACAAUAAUGUAAAAAGAUGGACCAUAACUGCAUUUUCGUCUUUUUAUUUAUUGUAAUGUAACAAAAAGUAUGUACAGUGCAUCUGGAAAGUAUUUACAGCCCUUUCCUUUUCCACAUUUUGUAAUGUUACAGCCUUAUUUCAAAAUGGAAUACUUUAUUUAUUUAUUUUCCCCCUCAAAGUUCUACAUAUAACAAUCCAGCAUGACAACAUGAUUUAGUUUUUGACGUCUUUGUGAAUUUAUUGAAAUUAAAAAACUAAAAAGCAAGCCCUGCUGUGAAUAUUUAUAAAAAAAAAAAAAAAAAUAAAAAAAAAAGUAUAGUUGACACCCCUCCUAAGUAUGUAGAUUAUUGCCUAUAUUAAUACUUCAGAACAAAGCUACCACAAACACAAAAAUAUUCAUUUUACAUGAACACUCUUCAAAAUAAAUGGCUUAUGAAUAAACACACAAAUGGCAUGUGCACAUGUACAGUAAAUUAGCUUGUCUCACAGGCAUGAUGUAUCACUUCAACAAACUUCCUCGGCAAUAAUUACUGUCCUAUAUUUCCUAUUUAGACAAGGUUUUGGCAGGAUCUUCUGGCGUCUUAUGGUGUGUUACAUAACCAAAUGUAGAAAAAGUGAACCGCUGUGAAUAAGAGGUUUUGGGGUUUUCAAGAUUUUGUCUUUUAUUUUUAUAUAUCAUAUUUAUAUAUAUUUUUUUGAUUUUUGGGUGAAAAGAAACACAAUGUGGAGAUACAGCCAUUGUUUCUUAUAGCUGUUGGAAUUUAAUUGGUAAAAUUGCAACAUUGCUUUUGAUUGUUUAAAAAAAAUAAAUUAUGUCCAAUGAAAAGGAUCUCUGAGA